GUACAUAGGAUGCUAUCACAUAUGACAUAUCGCUAAAGCGAUAAUGGGAUACCGCAGUGCACUGCACAGUACUGUCAUGGUCACACUCACAACAUCUGGACAGAAUCAGCCACAGGUUUCGAUCUUAUCAACACCCCAUUAAAUGUUGCAAACUUCUCUUCAAAUACUCAACAUAACUAAUCAAAUAUCCAACCUAAUUCUACCAUUUCCAAUACUCAAAAACACUUCCCAAACAUAACCAUUAACCAAUAAUGUCACCAUCUAAACCACCAUCAUCAUCUUCAUCGCACAACAAUGGCUCCAUCACCACCAUCAACACCUAUUUAGCAUCAGCCAAACCAUUCCUUCGAGGCGAACUCCAAACCAUAAACCCAAAACUCCCUUCCUUAAUCUCUGUUCUUAAAUCAGUCGGCGCCGGUGAAUGCUGGCAUAAACACGGCACAUUCCUUGAUCACCUCAUCGAUAUCUACCGCAUCCUUAAACUUUGGGGCUGCCCUGAAUCUGUCUGUCUUUGCGGCCUCUUCCACUCCGCCUAUUCCAAUUCUUAUGUCAAUCUGGCAAUCUUCGAUCCUUCCACCGGCCGUGACACUGUCCGAUCUUAUGUGGGUCAUUUGGCCGAGUCUCUUAUCCAUCUCUUUUGCAUCGUCCCUCGACAAACCCUUAUUCAUGAUCAACUCAUUUUUCAUUAUUCGGAUUCGGAACUCACCCAACACUUAAAAAUGUCAGAAGUUUCUCUUGAAAUGAUUAAAACAAAUGGGGUUUCGAAUAAAGAUGAAAUUUGGAGGAAAAAGAUUAAUUCCUUGGUUCCUGAGAAUGGGUUAGUAGUUAAGCAUAUUAAGACUAAGGAAGAUGUGGAAGUUUCUAGAAGAAUUGUUGCGGUUUUUGUUUUGAUGACUAUUGCUGAUUUUAGUGAUCAGUUGUUUAAUUUUCAGGAUGAGUUGUUUGAAAAUUUGAAUGGUAGGCUCCAAUUUAGUGGGAAUAAUGUCCAAUCUUUAUGGCCUGGAGAUGGGAAACCAGGGCUUUGGAUGAACUCACUUUCGAAAAUGGCGGCUGUUUAUAUGUUGAUUGUAAGAGAAGAGGAGAUUAUGAUUGAGGAGAGAAAGAAAGCUUUUGAAUCAGAUCCUCAUCUAACAAUGGUAGAUAGAAGAGAUGAAGACAUAGAACUGGUUAUACCACCUGUUUUUAACAAGUGCAGGGAAGUUUUAAACCCAGAAGAGGAAAGGAAAGGAAGGAAUUUGUAUUGGGAAGCUGUAUGUGAGCAUGGGAAAAUAGGGUUGGAGAAAACAGAAGAGUUAUUAAAAGAAUGUAUUAAGAAGAACCCAUUUGUAGGGGAACCCCAUGUAGUUUUGGGACAAUUGUAUUCGGGUAAGGGAAGGUUUGAGGAUGCAGAAAGGGAGGCUGAAAAAGGAUUGAUUCUUCUGUUGGAAUGGGGUAGUCCUUGGGAUAAGAGGAUGUCUUGGGAAGGUUGGAUUGCUUGGACUCGAGUUUUACUCAUGAAAUCUAAGGAGAAAUCUUGGCCUAACACUUCUUGGGGUAUUCUUAAUUUAGGCCUUGUUAGAUGAUCUCAUUAUGUACUCGUACUAGUUUAUAAACCGAUCAUUCUUAAGUCAAAGGUCUUAUUAGGUGUAACCUGUGUAUCUCAUUUGAUUGAUAAGGUAUGACUUGCUAUCGUCUAACCCUCUCUAUACACUGAUUAUAGUUUCCAUGAGUUAUAUAUAUUUAUUAAUAAACCGGUAUGUACUCCUGAUUGGUAUUUUGAGGCCUAAAUUUUUCUAGAUAUGUAUGUGAUUAUUGUUGUUUUCAAGUGAUUAAGCAAAGUAACGAGUAUAUGUGAUGCUUGAUCUCUCAUUGAUGUGCCAAUGUAAUGAUAAAUUUUGCACCAA